GAAAUGUAGAGAAACAAUUUUAGGGUUUAAGAGGGGUUUUCCAUCGCAAGGAGGAGCCUUCUGCACAGGGUUUCAUCGGCGACCGAUACCCGCACGGCCGGUUCAAAGCAUACGGGCAGGAGCUGGAGGGUAUUCAUUUCGCUUGUUUCACCGUUCAUCAGUCGUGCCGUUGAAUAAAAGGGAAAUGUUACUCCGUUCAUACCAAACAUGUCUAUCAGUUGUGCGCCAUUUCUCAAUCAAGGCGACGGUUGAGACGUCGGCGCAAACCUCCACCGCCGCUAUCCCCACCUCCCCCCGAGGCGGAGACACGCUGGGUCGAAGGCUUCUGAGCCUUGUCUACCCAAAACGCAGUGCCGUCAUUGCCAUCAAUAAAUGGAAAGAAGAAGGCAACACGGCACGCAAAUACGAGCUCAAUCGUAUCGUUCGUGAGCUCCGUAAGCUCAAGCGAUACAAACACGCUCUCGAGAUCUGUGAGUGGAUGACCUUACAGCCAGACAUUAAGCUACUGCCUGGGGACUAUGCCGUCCACUUGGACUUGAUAGCAAAAGUUCGUGGUUUAAGCAGUGCUGAAAAAUUCUUUGAAGAUCUUCCUGAUCGGAUCAGAGGUCAACCAACCUGUUCUGCUCUCCUUCAUGUCUAUGUCCAAAACGAUAUGACUGAUAAAGCUGAAGCUCUCAUGUUGAAAAUGUCAGAAUGUGGUCUCUUGAAAAAUCCUCUUCCUUAUAACCAUAUGCUAUCUCUCUACAUGUCGAAUGGGAAAUUUGAAAAGUUUCAUGAAACCAUUCAGGAGCUAAAGAAGAACAUAUCACCGGAUGUUGUAACUUUUAAUUUGUGGUUAACUGUUUGUGCUUCACAGGAAGAUGUUGAAGCUGCUGAAAGAGUUUUCCUUGAGCUCAAGAAGGCAAAAUUAGAUCCAGACUGGGUUACAUAUAGCACAUUAACCAAUUUAUACAUUAAAAAUGCGCUGCCUGAAAAAGCAGCAUCUACUUUGAGAGAGAUGGAGGGCAGAAUCUCAAGGAAAACUCGAGUUGCAUAUCCUUCACUCCUUAGCUUGCACACAAACAUGGGAAAUAAGGAUGAAGUUCUUCGUAUAUGGAAGAAUAUGAAAUCAUGCUUUCGCAAAAUGAAUGAUGCUGAGUACACUUGUAUGAUAUCAUCACUUGUGAGGCUUAGUGAAUUUACAGAAGCCGAGAACCUUUAUCAGGAAUGGGAGUCAGUUAGUGGGACCAAGGAUGUCAGAAUUUCAAAUAUACUUCUUGCUUCAUACAUUAACCGAGACCAGAUGGAAAAGGCUGACAAGUUUUUCAAUCAGUUUGUGCAAAAAGGCAUAGAUCCUUGCUACACUACAUGGGAGCUAUUUACUUGGGGGUAUUUGAAAAAGAAUGAUGCAGAAAAAGUACUGGAUAAUUUCAAGAAAGCCAUUACUAGUGUGAAAAAAUGGAGUCCUGAUAAAAGUUUAGUGAGGAAGAUUUUCAAGAUGCUAGAGGAGGAGGCCCAUGUUGAAGGGGCAGAGCAAUUGUUGGUGGCCCUCCGAGAUGUUGGCCACGUGAAUACUGAGAUAUAUAAUCUGCUUCUCAAAACCUAUGUUAAAGCUGGUAAAAUGCCUCUCAUUGUUGCUGAAAGGAUGAAGAAGGACAAUGUUCCGUUGGAUGAAGAGACUCACAGGCUCUUAGAUCUAACCAGUAAAAUGUGUAUAAGUGAUGUUUCAAGCAUUUUGUCAUAAGUGCAGCAUAAGUGUGCCCUAAGGUGCAGUUUUGUACUCGAAACUCUUGGGCUAGAUUUUAUUCAUGGAUACUUCCUCCCCUGUUUGAAUUAAAUCUGAUUGCAAGGCAGGACGGUCAUGUAUUAAUUUCGUCAGACAAUCCAACAAUGUUGAAUUUGGAAUCAGGAACUGAACCUUGCUUGAGGAGGUACAAGCAGAAAAAUUUCCCUGGUUCAGUAGUCGAUAGCCUGGGAUGGUGCAGGGCAUUGCCCUUUACUGUUUCCUGAUUAUGUACUGAAUGGAUCUGUUCCUUAUUCAUAAUAGACGGCUAUGCGAAACCCAUACAAAAA